AUGACCAACUCUGUGGAUCCAACACUGCUGCCUGUUGUGGACGGCAACGAAAAUCCUCCGGCGCGUCCACCAACCGUUGCAGCUCCAGCUCCGGGUGCGACCUCAGCUGCAAUGCUCGGAGCCAUUCCUCAUCAGCAAAACGGCAAUGCCCCAUAUGUUCAACCUCCGGCUCCAAACCGGAUCCCGCAUGGCCAUGCACCGAUUCCCUUUGGCUAUCCGCUGGCACCAGCCAACGGCCAAUGCCCCCACCCUGGUUGGCAGCCAUCUCCGUGUCCUCAUCCCGCGCCGACAACGGCAACUGCUUUGCCGCCGUCUCGUCCUUCCACGACAAUCAAUCCGCAGCAGUACGUUCAACCGCCUACUGGCCAUGAGGCCCCUUCCACCCAAACCUUGGAGCAAAAGAUGGAUGCUGUGAUGGCAAUGCUGGGCAUUCAAGACCGUGAUGGGGGCUCGAUGGUUCGGGUUCUAGUGCCAUCCUCAGGUGGGGGCUCGAUGGUAUGGGCUCAAGUUCCAUCGGCCACAAUCCAAUAUUCGGGAACAUUGUUUUCCCAGCAGGGCGACGAAGACGGCGAUUUGGAAGACGAACGAGCGGCUGCAUUCACCGUUCUCAUCAAGCAGCAGCUCGAGCAACUUUUCAAAGAGAUUCACACCAAACUUGACCUUGCCUUUGGUACCGGUACACCCGAUGUGAUCAAGCAAUCCUUGGACCCACUUUUCAAAGAGAUUCACACCAAACUUGACCUUGCCUUUGGUACCGGUACACCCGAUGUGAUCAAGCAAUUCUUGGACCCUACUCAUGGAACCAUCCAGCAGCAGCUCGAGAAAAUCUUGGCCUCACUGCGCAAGGAAGCCAUUCAGAACCGCGAGAGUGAACGCCGAGAACGAUGCUUCCAGGACAUCAUGGGCGCUUUCACCGCAUUGGACAACGAAAUUGGAGAGCUUGCUACCGACGAGGUUGGAGGGCUUGAAAACCUCAAAAAUACUGCUGUGGCUGGAUUGCGCAAGAAAAUCGGAGACUUGACCAAGGUCAUCGCUAAGCUCAACACUAUUGUCGACAAGGUCGACACUCUCUUCGACGACUAUGAGACUCAAGAAGAGAAGUAAAACCAAUACCUGGCGGUCGUCGAACAUCCAGCAUGGGUUCACUCAUUCCAACGAAAACCUCGACUGGCUCAACAUUGCACUGCCCUUCCCAUCAUUGCGCCCGACGUGAGUCCGAAGUUCUUCACGUCAGUUCCACCGUCCAAUUUCAAAGAGAAAGAUUAUGCAUAGAAACACUAAGAAUGUACUACUUGUCAAGGAAUACG